GGCGGUGUUGGAGCAGGCCUGCAGGGAGCGUGAUAAGGUGAAGGCCGACCUGGAUCAGGCCGAUCACAGGAACCUGCAGCUGGUCAGAGAGGUGGACGACCGCCACGCCAGUAUGGAGACUCUCAACCAGACCAGGAUCAGGGACCUGGAGCAAGACUUCCGUGAUAGGUUAGCGGCUCUGCGCAGUCAGUCGGAGCAGGAGAGUGAAGCUCUGCUGCAGCACGUGGAGACGGAGCGCGGCACGCUGCAGGAUGAGCUGCAGCUGCUGCAAGCGCAGGAGGCGGAGCUGCAGGAGGAGCUGCGCAGCGCCACGCAGGAGAACAGUCGUCUGGAGGAGGAUCUAAGGGUGAUGAAGCUGAAGCUGACUGAAGCAGAGAGCUCAGUGAACAGACUGCAGAGAGACCUGGACCAGCUGCUGCACGACAAGUUUGGCGGCCUGGAUGCAGCAAGCGCUGGUCUGAGUCAAGAGGAGCGAUUCUCUGAGAUCGUCAAAGAGUACGAGCUGCAGUGCAGGGUGAGUGUGGACACACGUG